AUGUAUCAAUAGGGAAACAACUAUGAUUUUAAGAUAAUAUUAGGUAGAGUGAAAGAGAAGAAUAUGAGUUUGAGAUUAUGUUACAGUUAAACAAAGAGUGAAGAUUAUGAGAUAGUAGUCAAAUUGAAAGUAAAGAGUAACAUUGAUGUAAAAACUGCCGAUAGUGAAUUUAAAGAGAGGUGUAAAAGUACUUACACUAUUCUAACAUCGUUUGUGUAAUAAAGAAUCUAGACGAUGUUAGGAAAUAAAUUCGAGAUUUUUUGAAGCCCACGUUUACACUCAAUUAUCAUGUAGAUGAACAUUAUGCAUACAUAACUUUUACAUAUUCUAAUCAAGUGGAAUUGUAAGAGUUUAUGGAAAUCUGUUAAUUUAUACGAGAGACAAUGGAGAGAUCAUAAGAAAAGGAGUAGGUUGAAUUAUUAAUUGAAAGUGAUUUAUCAUUUGAUAAAUUAAGUGAGAGUAUAUCUAAUGCUGUUUAUUAAAUGAACAUAGAGAUAUAAGGUAAAGCAGAAUUUUAAAAGGAUACUGUCAAGUUGUUAGAAAACCUUAAGAUGUGUAAAUAAGAGAAUUUACCUUUCUUUUUGUAAUAAAAAUAUUUAAGUCAAAUAUUAAUAUAUCUAUAAUUAUUAUAGAAGGCUCAUGCAGAAGUAGAGAUAGAUAAAAUUCAAUAUGAUUUGGGAUUUGCUUAACCAAGUAUUGAAUUACCUUUCAAAUUUGCAAUCUAUGGAAAAUUGUAAAGAUUUGCUGAAUAAUAUUUGGAUUAAGGAAUUGAAUUAAUAAUUAAAGGACCUGGUUUGAGUGUUGAGAUAAAUUAUAAUUAUAAAGGAAGUUUGUUCAAAUUGAUUGACAAUAUUUUAAUUAUUAAAUAAUGA